UACAUCCCACCUGCGUUACGCAAAGUACAAGGCAAUUCUCAGCUUGAUAGGCAGCUAAAAGGUCAUCUCAAUCGUCUUUCCGCAGCCAACAUCGCCACAACUUACACGGAGCUCGAGCAUAUCUACGCUGCCAACCCUCGUGGCCAGGUCAAUGCAUCACUUGCAACAUUGAUACAAUCCAUCGUGGCUGGAAAGCACCCAGAAGCUUUUGUUGUGCAGUACGCAGCGCUCGUCGCUGCCUUGUUCAAGACGCAUGGCACGGAAUUUGCUGCCUCCAUGGUUCAAUCGCUGGUGGAGAGCAUCGACAAGGGCAAGGAUCUCUUGCCACUCUUGGUGGAGCUCUACAAUUUUGAUGUUGUUGGGGCAAACCUCAUCUACGAUUUCGUCCGAGAAGCGCUGACGUCGCUCACGGAGGAGCACGUUGAAGCGCUAUUGCUCAUUGUCAAGUCGUGCGGCUCAUCCCUACGAAGUGAUGAUCCAAGUGCUCUUCGUGAUAUCCUUGCGCUGCUGCAAGAACAAGUCAGCAAAACCUCGCACGUUUCUGCCCGAACGCAGUUUAUGAUCGACACGCUCAUCAACCUCAAAAACAACAAGGUGCCACAGGACGGAGCGACCAUCAAAGACCUUCGUACCAGGCUGCGCAAGUUCAUUGGCAACCUGGACAGCAAAACGGGCUCAGCGCCGGAAGCCUUGCGUGUCUCGCUCGAUGAUAUUCGGCAUGUCGACACGCGCGGUAAGUGGUGGCUUGUUGGUGCGAGCUGGGCAGGAGAGACACCAAAGACUAGAGCCUCAGUGGAACAAGAGCCAGUGUCGCAAGAGUUGCAAACGCUAGCCAAAGCAUAUCGCCUCACACACCCCAUCCGCAAGCAAAUCUUCAUUACCAUUUUGUCGAGUGGCGACUACCUUGAGUGCAUCACAAAUUUGCUGUCCCUCAGAUUGAAAAAGUCUCAGGAAGCUGAAAUCUCGCGUGUGCUCGUGAUGCUUGUUGGCGGCGAAGAGCGCUUCAACCCUUACUAUCUGUACAUUGCCAAAGGACUUGUUGAGCGGCAUGGCAUGCGCAUUUCCCUGCAAUUCUGUUUGUGGGACCUCUUUCGUGAGUUGGGCGAGGAGGAGACUCAGAUCGGAGCAGCAGGACAUCGGGAAGAGGUGAGCAUGCGCAAGAUUGUCAAUUGCGCCAAGUUUUACGGCGGCCUGAUUGCUCAUGGAGCGUUGCCACUCACUGUACUCAAGAUGCUCACCUUUUCAAGACUACAAGCGCAGACGAAGUUACUGCUCAACAUCUUGUUCAGCGAGAUCUUCAUCAAGGUGGAUGACAAAGGACUCAUCGGCAUAUUUCAACGGAUACAAACCGCGGAGCACAAGGCGCUGCGGGACGGUGUAGACUGGUUCUUGCGCAAACAAGUUUCCAAGGCAAUCAUGGUACCAAAGGGAGAGACACAAAAGGUC